AUGGACAUUAACAACGAUACAUCGAUCACUGUCGAACAACUUCCUUCCGUCACUCCGGAUACUGAAUCACCUUCCGAGACGGGUGCAACGACACUCAUUAUAGACACGCCGGCCGGCGACUCUUCGGAGCCCUCAACAGACCCAUCGAAUAACCGCCCAGAUCCUCCCCCACAAGAUCAAGAGCAAAAUGCUCCUUCUCAAUAUGCUAGCUCUGAGGAGCACGAACCUCCUGUACUGUCUGAUACAUCCGCCCCUCCUCGGCCCCCACCCCCAGAGGUCGAACAUGCUUACUGGGCGGAGAUGGAGGAGGAUACAUCGGUUCCGGACGAGGCUGAGAUGAAGGAAAUUGAGUCCGCCGCUGAUGGGGACUAUAGUGCUUACGAAUACCCUUAUUGGGAGAAGAACUUUCACCCCAAUCUGGAGGAUCCGGAGUAUCGUCCCACCGAAAAGGCUCGUCUCACUUGGAAAAUCAAGGGUGUUAGGGGUACAAAGGACCAACCCAACCGUGCCAAGGUGAUGCGCUCUCCACCCGCCUACAUUGGCGGCUACUGGUGGACCAUCAAGUUCUUUCCCCGGGGGAACAAUGUUAGUUCCUUGAGCAUCUAUAUCGAAUGCUCACCCACUAUGCCCACCCUAGACAAGAGUUUACCCGAGACUGAGUUCAAAGUGCUUCGCGGGCCAGCUGAUCAAAAUAUUAACGAUUUUACCCCUGAUGUGAACCUUAAGUUUGCACGCACGAAUGACUCCGCAGCUUGGGUAGAGGAUUACAAGUCACAGUACCCAACGGCUGCCACCCAAGAAAAAGCAACAUCCGACACAUGGAGAGUUUCUGCACAGAUUGGCGUAAUCUUAUACAAUCCAGACGAACCACGCACUGGGUGGAUGCAGUCAUCGUGCCAUCAAUUCAACCCGCAUAAUCUCGACUGGGGCUGGACUAGUUUCCACGGCCCAUGGGACAAGAUCCACCGCCGGCAGCGGGGCCAGCGCCAGGCACUGCUCCGCAAUGAUACCUUGGCAUUUGAUGCCUAUAUUCGUAUCAUUGAUGAUCCGACUCGCUCAUUGUGGUGGCAUGCCAGUGAUUCGGAGCCCACUUGGGAUAGCUUAGGACUUACUGGCUACCGCCCGCUUGGAGACUCUGUUAUCAACCACAGUGCCGAGGUCGCGGGUCUAGCCACCUGGUUGCAUAUUGCGCCUUUCUGCAAGAUAAUCCAGAACGCCAAUAUUGUCGACCAUCUAACUAAUUGUGAUGUCAAGCCUAAACCGCUAUGUGACGCAUUGCAGAAGUUUCUCUGGCAACUACGUUCUCGCAGUCAGUCUCUCCAAUAUGUCGACACCGACACUAUCACGUCUACGCUACGCAAUUUGCACGAGUUCUCUGGGGAUGUGUGUGAGUUCUGGGAACGCUUACGCCGUACUCUCGAGCUGGAGCUGGCAGACACGGAUGCGCCAAAGGAGCUUGCCGCGCUGUUCGAUAGUCCUUCUCCUGACCUACUUCUGAAGGAGGCUCAAGGGUCAGAUGUGGUCAACACUAUCCCAAAGGAUUUCAAUUCCCGCAUCUGUGUGCGGGCCGACCAGGCAAAGACAAUGCGUGAAGCUCUUGGCAGUUACCUAGAUUCCAAAGCAGGCCGUUGGGCAUUACCACCUAUCCUCCAUGUAGAGCUGAACCGUCAAAAACUCGACAAAGCAGCUCGGCAAUGGAGAUUGAUCUAUAACCGGGUAGACUUGGACGAAGAGCUCGACCUUUCGCCAUGGCUACUAGAUGGUAAGCACGGGAAAUAUGUUCUAUAUGGUUACAUUGUCCAUCGAGGUCGACGCACUUCGGGUAAAUUUUUCAGCAUUCUUCGCCCGGGUGGUCCUGGGACUAAGUGGCUAGCGUUUGAUGAUGGAAGUGAUAACCGUGUUGAAUGUCUAACGCGUAAAACAGCCUUGGGCCCUCAUCUGGGUCUGGACGCAAGUCAAAAGGUCGAUCACAAAACUGGCCACGAUGUUGCCAUUGCGGUUAUGUACAUCCGCAGCGACCUUGUGCAAGAGUAUCUACCCGGCCCUCAAGGGCCAUGGGCGGCUCCUCCAGCCAUGAAGGAAUACUAUGAGCGGGGAGUGUAUCCCUAUGCGAACUCCUCCGAUGGGAAGACAACAGAUGAUAUUCAGGUUGAAGUCUACUCUGCUCCGCAAUAUGAUCAGCUAGGGAGCUUGUUUGAUACGUAUGAUCUGAUGUCUCAGGCAAAGGCAGCAAACAAGGUCAUGUAUCUGACAUUGCCUCGGUCAACAAACCUCAUGGAUCUACGCAAGAAGAUUGCUUUAUGGGCCUCUGCGGGUGACCAAGAUCAAACGGGUCCGGAGCAUAUUCGUCUAUGGCAGAUUGGACAUACUCGUGACCGGUUUGGCCCAACACUCGCGUUUUCUCGGGUGUCGGACCUGAGAGCCACCUUGAAUCUACCCAUGAAGACAGCUCGUUUUUGGAUACAGGUGGUCUCAGACGUGGAUGCGAAGUAUUUCGCCAUGGCAGAUCCACAGGAAAUGGAAGUGCCACAAAACAAGCCUGAAGAGGCUGUGUUCGAACGCGAAGACUCUGAUUCCUCUGAUGAUCAGCAAUCUGUUCCUGAAGUUGAAUCAGGACGGGCAGGCCCAUCUGGCACUGCAACUCGCGCGGAUGAUAUCGUGGAAGUUGUCACCGCACAGGCCCCUUCGGAAAACCUCAAUAAUGGGGUUACCGGGAACUUGGAAGAGGGCGCUGAAGCAUCUCUGCAGACACCUCAUCCUGAAAAUAGUAUCCCAAAUGGUGCUGUGAAUGAUGCUGUCAUUGCUACCAUCGUCGCUGAAGAUAUCCAACUGAUGGAAUCUGAGCAGACAACGGACAGUGCUCAGAUAAAUGUCACAAACGGCGCAGACGUUCCAGAGUUGUCCACAACAGAUGAUGCCUCUGCUCAUUCAACAGAUUCAGAACCCGCUUUACCGGUAGACCAUGUAUAUUAUUUCAUCCAGAUCUUCGAUGUGGACGCGCAGACCUUGCGGACCGUCGGAUCAUUCUUCUCCCAGAAAGAAGAAACUAUCAAGGCUGCAGUGAGAAAGCACUUGCAGUGGCCGGUGACCAAGGAUUUCCAGGUCUGGCAGCGUGUGGACGGCACCACAGUGACAACCAUGCCAUCUGCCGAAAGUUUCGAGGUUUUUGUGCCCGAUGGCACUUGCUUCAUUGUCGGAGACAAGCUGAGCAAAGACCAACGAUUAAAGCUCAACCAGGCAGGGUUACUGGCCAAUCCUGAUCAGCUGGUGCGGUUUCUGUGGGCUGAGUCCCGCAACCACCCGACAAAGGCAUUUACCGGAUUCAAGACUAUCGAAGCGUCAUUCACCAGUGAAUACUACAGUGGUGAAUUGAGCAAAGGAUACUACCAUGGUAAAGGCAAGCAUAUUUCCGAUUCAGCCGCUAUCUAUGAGGGAGACUUCGUCCUCGGAAAGCGUCACGGCAAGGGAUUUACGGAGUACCCCAUUGGCGACACCUAUGACGGAGAUUGGUACGAAAACCAGUGUCAUGGCCAAGGCACCUUCGUUGAGAAGAAGACAGGUAACAAGUACGUUGGCGGCUACAAAGAUGGUAAGCGCCAUGGAAAGGGUAUCAGCUACUGGGAAGUAGCCGAUGAAGAAAUGGAUCUUUGUCAGAUCUGUUACUGUGAAGAACAAGAUGCUCUAUUCUAUGAUUGCGGCCACGUAUGUGCCUGCGUCGCCUGCGCACAUCAGGUGGAUAUAUGUCCGAUCUGCCGCAAGAACAUCCUCAGUGUCGUCAAGAUCUACAAAACAUAGUGGGGCUUUUGUCGGCGAAUAUUAUUUAUAUUUUAUAUAGUUUCCUUUAUAUAGCAUCAGAGAGUAUGACAUACCCAGGAGGUUACGAAUUUUUUGGCUCUAAUAUCUAUAUCCACCAUCACUCUUGUUUACCCAGUCAUUUGGUUUUCCUAUUCGGGAAAUAUACGAAAGUUAUACGAGAUUCAGAUCAGACCUUUUUCAUGUUCGUACAGUUGCAGAAUCUGCUUAGACAGCGCCAAUUGAAAUACAGAAAUGAACUACUCAACCCCAAGGGCAAAAAGAUAAACCGUGUGAAUGUCAUGGUAUCUAUUGAAUUCGCCACCUAUCUACCAUAGUAAUAAGAGCAAAUCAUAACAGAUCAACACACAAAUAGGGACAAUGCGCCACCCACACCAAUAAUCAAAAGAAAUAGAAGAAAUGGAUGCUUUU